AUGUUUAGGAACAACUACGACAACGACUCGGUCACCUUCUCGCCACAAGGCCGCAUCUUCCAGGUCGAAUACGCACAAGAGGCGGUCAAGCAGGGUUCAGUCGUCGUCGGCAUUGUCAGCAAGACACACGCAGUUCUCGCAGCAAUCAAGCGAAAUGCCGAGGAACUCUCUUCAUACCAGAAGAAGAUCAUCGCGAUAGAUUCCCACUUUGGUGUCGCCCUCGCCGGACUCGCCUCCGACGCCCGUGUUCUCUCCAACUUCAUGAAGCAACAAUCCCUCGCAUCCCGCCUCACCUACGACCGCGCCAUCCCCCUCUCCGAGAUCACCUCCCGCAUCGCAGACCGUGCCCAGACCAACACGCAGCAGUACGGCCGGAGACCCUACGGCGUGGGCCUGCUCAUUGCCGGCGUCGACGCAAAGGGCCCGCAUCUGUUCGAGUUCCAGCCCAGCGGUGUCACACAGGAGAUGGUCGCAUGUGGUAUCGGCGCUAGGAGUCAAAUGGCGAGGACAUACCUCGAGAGGCAUCUGGACGACUUUGAGAACGCUAGCCGGGAGGAGCUGAUCAAGCAUGCACUGAGAGCACUGAAGGAGUCGCUAUCGCAGGACAAGGAGUUGACUGUCGACAACACCAGCGUCGGCAUCAGUGGCGUCGGCGAGGACUUUGUACACCAUGAAGGCCAGGAUAUUGCCGAGUGGUUGGAUGCUACGUUUGAGAAUAGGGAGGGCGGGGACGAGGCCGAGGGUGGAGAAGCUAUGGAGGAGUAG